AAGUAGGGGACCGGAGUGAAAGAGGUGACCAAGUAAAACUUGGUAGGGUCAACAGCUUUCUUCCUGGAGCUUUCACAGAAAUAUCGCCCAAACUCACAACACAGCCUCUAUAAAUUGACCAACUCAUAUUUUCCCACACAAAACAAACAGCACAAGUAGUUCCUCUCUCGAUAUUUUCCACAUUUCUGCCACUCUCUUUAGGAAAACUAAAACAGCUCUGUUCUUGACACCAUGAAGCAAACGAUGGUAGUGAAGGUGACUAUGAGCGACGAGAAAUCCCGCUCCAAGGCCUUGAAGGUAGUAGUCGGUUUCUCAGGGGUGGAGUCAGCUUCAUUGAAAGGAGAUGACAAGAGCCAAAUAGAGGUAACAGGAGAUGGGGUGGACGCAGUUCAGCUAACAAGUCGGCUAAGGAAGAGCGUGGGGCAUGCGGAGCUAGUGAGCGUUAGUGCUGUCGGCGGUGAAAAGAAGGAAGAGGCCAAGGAGCCCCCCGCCGCCUAUGUAUGGCCUUAUAAUCAGCCUUUAUAUGUGUAUCAAGAGUUGCCAUAUGCUCAUCAACAAGACCCUUGCUCCAUCAUGUGAAGUAUUUUUAUUACAAGGGAAACCCAUAAAACCAAUCCCACACCUCCAUCCGUGGCCUUUAAUUGAUCCCACAACUGAUGAGCUGGGAGAAAUUUAUUACUUUUUAUCUUUGCAGUUCAUGAUAUAUAUAUAUACGUGAGGAAGGGCUUCCAUGUGUUGUACAAUUAUAGCCGGUUGAUUUCUUUAGUGAGUUCUCAUGUUCUCGUCUGUAUUUCAUCCUUUGUUUUCUCACUUUCUUUCUAACCAAUAUUGUGAUUUUGGGAGAUGUAAAAGGACAAGUUCCAAAAUCAAUAGCCUUUUAAGCCUAAA